UCGGCGCGCCAUUGGGCGGCGGGAGCGAGGGCAGCCGCGCGGCGGCCCGCCUCUCGGCUCCGAGGUAGGCUGAGACGGGAGGGUCCUCGGCUAAAGCCAAAAGCCGAUCAAAGUGGUGGGACUCGCGCCGCGGACGCGGAGACGUGAAGGCCCGCCGCACGCCUGCUCGCUGUCCGGGUCGGUGCUCGCCCUCGCUGCCCUGUCCCCGGCCCCAUGGAGAAGACGGAGCUGAUCCAGAAGGCGAAGCUGGCCGAGCAGGCCGAGCGCUACGACGACAUGGCCACCUGCAUGAAGGCCGUGACGGAGCAGGGCGCCGAGCUGUCCAACGAGGAGCGCAACCUGCUCUCGGUGGCCUACAAGAACGUGGUCGGGGGCCGCAGGUCCGCCUGGAGGGUCAUCUCGAGCAUCGAGCAGAAGACCGACACCUCCGACAAGAAGUUGCAGCUGAUUAAGGACUAUCGGGAGAAAGUGGAGUCCGAGCUGAGGUCCAUCUGCACCACGGUCCUGGAAUUGUUGGAUAAGUAUUUAAUAGCCAAUGCAACUAAUCCAGAGAGUAAGGUCUUCUACCUGAAAAUGAAGGGAGAUUACUUCCGGUACCUUGCUGAGGUUGCUUGCGGUGAUGAUCGGAAACAAACGAUAGAUAAUUCCCAGGGAGCUUACCAAGAGGCUUUUGAUAUAAGCAAGAAAGAGAUGCAACCCACACACCCCAUCCGCCUGGGGCUGGCUCUUAACUUCUCUGUAUUUUACUAUGAGAUCCUCAAUAAUCCAGAACUUGCCUGCACACUGGCCAAAACGGCAUUUGAUGAGGCCAUUGCAGAGCUCGACACACUGAACGAAGACUCAUACAAAGACAGCACCCUCAUCAUGCAGUUGCUUAGAGACAACCUCACAUUGUGGACAUCAGACAGUGCAGGAGAAGAAUGUGAUGCAGCAGAAGGGGCAGAAAACUAAGCGCAUCCAGGGCGGUGUCCUCCUUCCCUCAAGAAGCCUUUGUACUCGCCUCCAUUCCUCCGCCGUCUGGCUUCCCUCUAGCAGAGAGCCCCAGUCCUGUGUAUGGAAUCAACUGUGGAUAGUCUUUUCACACUGCGGCUUUGGGAAAACUCCAUCCCUCGAUUUGUAUUUGUCUUGGCCUUCCUGGUGUGCAGUUACUGCUGUAGAAAAGUAUUAAUAGCUUCAUUUCGUAUAAACAUAAGUACCUGCCCAACACUUAUGUAGAGGACUAAAAUGUAUCUGGUAUUUAAGUAAUCUGAACCAGCUCUGCGAGGGACUGUGUUUUGUAUUACUGUGAAGAUAUGAAAAUGUAGUUAAUUCCCAUUUAAAGGAUGUUCUACAUAACUUGUUAAUUUCUACAUUCCCGCCCUUACUCUUCCUCUCCCAGGCUCUUCAUGUAUUCCUUUUUGGUAGGAAUCCAGAAGUAUUAGAUUGAAUGGAAAAGCGUUUGACAUUUGGGGGCUGGGGGGUGGCAAAUUAAAAUGCCUCCUGUAUGGUAUAUGAUGGAGGUUUUGUGUAUCUGUGACAACAGGGAGUUUCCUUAUUCACUCUUCAUUUGCUGCUGUUUAAGUUGACAACCUUCCUUCCCAAUAAAAAUUCACGUACACCUCCUGCCUUUGUAGUUCUGGUAUUCACUUUACUAUGUCAUAGAAGUAGCAUGUUGCUGCCAGAGUACAAGCAUUGCUUUUGGCGAAUUAAAGUGCAUGUCAUUUCUUAAUACACUAGAGAGGGAAAGUGAAGUCCACAUGUCAAGUCUAAAACUUUAGUACUUUUCCAUGCAGGUUUGUGCACAUGGGAGAGGGUGUCCAGUUUGUCUAGUGAUUGUUAUUUAGAGAGUUGGACCACUAUUGUAUGUUGCUAAUCAUUGACUGUAGUCCCAAAAAAAGCCUUGUGAAAAUGUUAUGCCCUAUGUAACAGCAGAGUAACAUAAAAUAAAAUUACAUUUUAUAAACCA